CACGGCCGCCGGCGUGCUCAUUCCGUAGCAGACAGCUGCCCAGACCGGACGCGCGUGUAUUCGAACCUCGUUGAAAAGGCAACGCACGCCGAGAGCUACCCGUGAAAUCAACACGACGUGUAUGCAGUUUUCCAGUCGACACAGCACCGGGACCAACAACACUCUGCCGAUCCGCUAGUACCAGCUGAACCGAGCCUGAACGCUGACGCUCCGGAACGAUCGAUCCGAUUCCGAGUCGAAUCAGCAGAAGAUCCUGCGCGAAUUUCUGCCCUGAAACGAGGAAUUCCCUUUUCCACUUUUGCCGCCAAAGACGGUCCCGGGUCCAGUGAAGCAGCGCCGAGUGGUCGCCGAUCGCCCGCUGGGAUAAGCCUGUCGAGGGUGCAGAGCUCGUUCAAUUCGAAGUUUCCGGAGAAACGGUGGGAGAGAGACGGCGACUGGUGGCACAGACCGUGAGAAACGGGACGUUCCUUCCAGAGGAAUAAAGAGGAAGAGAGUGCGCGCUAACGAGUGCCGGCUACCGAGAUGGCGUUUAUGAUGCCCGUGGUGAAAAACGAGUGGGACAUUUACAAGACAAAUCGCAACCGACGAUCCUCGGAGUGCUCCAAUCCUCAGACCUGUCGCAGCAGGAAGGUGUCGGAAUGCUCAAAGUCGGAGGGUCCGUCGUUGUCGACGUCGCCAGGUUCAGACUUCCUGACGUCGCCGGCGCACCGUUCGGUGCCCCUCACCUCCAGGCACUUCUCGAGGACAUCCUCGAGGGCGUCUCAGAGCUCGUUGCAGAGCCCGAGCAAAAGCACCGGGUCGUCGCCGCCAAAGACGGGCAGCUCGAACUCCUUGAACAAGUUCCACAAUCGGUUGGUGGACAAGUUGAAGAGGUCGUUGAGGAAGGCUGAGGAGUGCGGGGAGGACCAGAGGAACUUGUCGUGAAACAGCCAAGGGGUUUUGGGCCGGCCACCGAUCCCCGGCUCGAAACCGAUCGAGAUCCGACGCACCUCCGCACCCGUUACCGCGUCCGAGACGAGCACCGACGCGGUGGCACGAUCGUGCCCGGAUCCGCCGCCUUCGGCAUGGUAGACGACAGCUGACGAACAGGAGGAAGAUGGGGGAGUCCAGUGUCCCCGUCACAGGCGACGAUGAUCGACCCUGUGACGAGUCAAGACUCGAUUUCGACGAUCGUCGCUAUCGCGAAACACCAGCGAAAACAAGAGUCAGGGGGCCAGAAAUGACGUCAGGGUGGACGAUCGCGAUGAUCGACUACCGGGGAUGAGAGUCCAUGGACGUCUCGGAAGAUCGAGAACCGUUUCGAGUUCUCCGGUCUCCUCGACGCGAGGGGAGGCCUGGGGAGAGUUCGUGUCGGCGAUUCCAGCAGCCGAACAACCUGACCAGUAGGUUGCACUCGUCCUUGCUCUCUUCUACGUUCCUCCUCCGCCGAUCGCAGAAACGCAUCGUUAAAUAACCAAACACCCGGUCCUCUCUUUCGUUCGAUGAUUCAUAGUCACGGGAGACGAUGAAAGAUCAAACCGAGCAACGCCCGAAGAUGAUCCGGAAGAAAUCGUUUCGCUCGUUUAGUUUCCGAUGAAAGAUCAAACCGAGAAAAUUACAGCCGAUUCGAUGCACGCCGCGAUCUUCCCUUCCCAAUCCGUUGAUUUUGGUCGGAUUAAUCGCGAUCGGCGCUUGGAUAACUGUGAGAAUCUGUUUAGGAUGACGCCAAGAGGAAAGAGAUAAAUUGUGAGAGAGAGAUUGAGAGAGCCGCUGCGAGCAAUCUCUGGGAAGGAGCGAUCGGAUGAACGAACGGGAACGAGAACGGGUCUCUCUAGCCGAGACCGUGGAGCUCCUUCGCGAUCGAAGAUCACUAGGGCGAGCACCGCCGGGAACGAGCUGGAACCAGGAAGAACCCAGCGAAAGAGGUACAUAAUUACCACUGGAAUAUUCGCCGUGGAUGUCCGGGGUGCACGUUCAGAGGUGUAUAUACGUACAUCGCGUUGAUUUGGCACGCGUAAGUCGCAACGGUUCGCGAAAUCGAAACAGGACCUCCGCGCCCGUACCUAAAGUUCCUUCGUUGUACAUUAUCGCGCGUAUAGAAUCCUAACACUCUGACGACCACGAGUUUCCAACUCGUUAAAGCUUUCAGACUUCCCAAAUUUUUCUAUCCAAUAUUUCUCGAAGAUUCGCAAACGUUUUUCCCUUCGGAAAAGCUACUAUUCUUUGCUUGCUUCUUGUCGAAUUGUUACCUAAACAGUAAUUACAAAACUAAUAAACGAUUUCGAUAGUUGAACCCAUCGAAGUAACGAAGGCCGUCAGAGCGUUAACGAAGACUUUCGUACGAGUGUUGCUACGCGACUUUUGCUUUUCGCUCUCCAGAAACUAACGAUUAGUCGCGUGAACCGAUCGUGCCGGGAAUAUCGUGCGAAUCCUAACCGUUACGUUUUCGUGCGACAUGUAUCGCUGCCCGGUUAUAGUAACCCCUCCCUCUCGUUCCAAGUUCUCACGUAAACGUUUCCCCGAUCGUUAUUCGAAAAAUGUCUCGUCUUUUCUAAUCGUGUUUCACGCAACUGGUAACCAUGAUGAAUAUGUUUUUGGAACAUUAGGACACGCAGAAACGGGGGCGUGACUCGCGUCGAAGCGAACGGGGUUCCGGUAAGAGCUUCUCGCAUGCGGACGCAACCGGAAACGCUCGUUUUCAUCGUUAAGAUUACUUGCUGCCUCCUGAAAGGAAUGCGCGAGCAUGCGUGCGCGCAGAAACUGCGAAGGGAUGCACAGAGUCGCGAAUGCGUAUAUUUACAAUCGCAUACCAGAGUUGGGCAGUAAUUCAUCAUCGUAUUGUGAUUCACUCUUUGUAAUCGAUUAAUCGAAGUAAUCGUGAUGAUAAUAAUAAUGAUAACGAUCAUUCAUCGAUCGCUCGUCGCUAAGAUUAAGUAGAUUAAUCGGAGAUUAAUAUCGUUCAACGAAGGAUUACUUUAGCUUUUCUUAUUAUUAACUUAUCGAUUCGAUCGCAAUAAAAAAUAAGAACUCUCGUCAUCAAUGAUUAACCUCUUAACUGCGUAAAAAAAAAAAAAGAAAAAAAUUAAACGCAGCGCGAACGGGCUUCCCGUUUUAUGUCGCUUAAGUGUAUCGUUGCGUAACCUGCGUUACGAGUUCGUAAUGUUUCUUUUCUUUCGGUUUUGUAUACGGAUGAACAAAUGUACGCAUCGAAUUUACAUUCUUUGCGUUGACGUUGGCGUUCAAAAAUGCAUAAUGGACGUGGCAGCUAAGGGAUUAACGAGUCAAUCGCGUCCGAUGAUUGCAUUCCUUUUGAUUAUUUGUGUUGCUCGUUAAUUAUAACUAUCGAUUAGACGGUAAAUAUAGUCGUCGGUCACUAAUCGGAUUACAUUUUGCCCAACACUGUCGCGUACACACAUAUACACGGUAUAUGGAGCUAGUGAGAGAAUGGAAGCCUAAGAAAAAAAAAAACAUAAUUUUAACCAUGUAACGUUCAAGCGUGAUUAAUUGUACUUACAAACGUGAAUAUUUAUUCAAAACUUUUCUUAUUUUGUUCUCGCGUCUGUUGUACAGGAUGUCGCGAAAUGCGUGGCACGAUUCGAACUUUACGCCAAACAAGAUAUUUUGACCGCGUCGAUACGAUAACGCGGAUAUCUUGCGAAAUUUCCGAACGUCGUCCAAGUGCUGGCGAGAAACGCUUGGUAACAAUUUAUGCCGCGAAAGAGAUAUUUUCUUGAUACGAUCUUCGCAAUGUAUCGAGCCGCAUCAUAGCGCUUUCCCUCUGUCCCGCGCCCGAGGUAUUCGAUUAUUAUUACUGUUUCUAUUAGCCAUUACGAAGCAUUUGUUAACUUCUUGUAUAGUAUAAUGUAUUUUACUUCCGUCGAAACGAGCGGUCAAGUCUGUUAUUCGUUGUAUCGCCGAGCAAUCUCUUUAAAAGAUGAUGCAUGGGGGACGAAGGUGGAAGUGUUGUCGAAAUUCGGACGCAGAACGACAUCUUCCAAAGGCAUCGAAUGAAAUCACAGAGAUACCUUACGUACAAUUACGGGAAAACGUACAGAAAAAUCGUGUUUCGUUUUCCUCUAGAAUCUGUUCGCGGCACGACGAAGAAAUUCGAAACCAAAGAGAGUCUCUGGUUCCGUGAAAAUGUUUCUUUAUCGAUCGUAAACGUUUCAAUAUUUUUGUUUUUUUUAUACGGAGAACUCGGGUGAUCUCGUCGAUCGUGAUGACACCCCGAAUAUCUAUCGACUGUUUCCUUUCUUUUUUUUAAUUCGACAGUAUUAAGUCAUUUGCGUAAGAUAGAACGUAUACGUCCUAGACGAGAAGCUAACACUGUGCGACAUCUUCUGCGUCCGCUUUGACUGUUUUUCUUUUUUCAUUUUUCGAAGCGAGAGAAAUUUGUUCGCGCGCCUUCGCUUGUCGUUUAACGAAAUUACGAAGUGGGAGCAACUAAACGAUACCGCGUGUAACUCUGUGAUACCGUAAGCUAUAAGGUAGAAUUAUUUUGCAACGAUCAAAGAAAACAAAACGAAAACUGUAAAAAAAAGAAAAAAAUAGAAGCGAAGGAGUAUAGUUGGCGGAGAUGUUAUAUUGUUACGACGAAAAUUCGUACGAACGCUUUGGUUCGGGAUCAAUUCCUUACGAAGAACGGAUUCGAAAAGACCUUUACCAUUUUGCAAUCUCAGGUUUCGUUAUCGAGGUAUAAGCAAUUAGAUCGGCUGAUUGGAAUUCAAACUUUGAACUUUAAUCAUUCGCAUCUCGAUGACAAAGCUUCGGAUUGUAAAAUGAUAUAGGACAUUGUCAUUUCUUUUCUUUUUGCGAGCGUCGAAGCCGAUUCAACGUGUUUUCCUCGAAGCAAUAAAGGUUUAACGCGAGACGAGAAAAAUUCAACGAUAAUAGAUUUUGAACUUUAAGCAAGACGGUCGUGUCCUGCGUAUUUUUUGAGAGACGGAGCGGUUGAAGCGGUGAAAGAAAGAGGAUCGGAUAAGAACGAGAAGGAGAACAGAGCUUACGAAAAUAAUGCUAAAAUGUCGCGCGAUGAAUUUAAUAACGCAAACGUUGCCGUUACAUGUAAGACUGCUUUAGAAACAGAAGAAACAAAUAGAAUUAUUGGUCGGAUGUUACAUUGUGGUGCUGGAUUGAAGUUUGGGAACGCGCGGACGAUCCUGAAUUUUGUCCGGAUCCUUCGCGGUGAUUCUCAAAAUUCCGUCGGAUGAUUUGUACUGAUGAAAACAAAAAAAAUGGUGUUACUAGAGUUUAGGGAUUGACGAGAUAAUACGAUCUAUUUAUUACGGCGGCCUCGGACCGCGGAGUAAACGUGGAUUGGGACUCUUGAUUUCUUUGCCUUAUCUACUUAAAAUGUUCGCGGAACUGGUAAACUUUUACUUUUUAAUCGUAUCGUGACAAGCUUAUAAACAGUCGAUAUUGUAGUUGGACUUUUACGGCUCGAUCCACUUUCAUUCUACGGUCGCAACGUUCGCGCGAUUACAAAGCUAUACAAAUAUAUAUUAUAUGUAUACACACUUAAACACACAUUAUAUAUGUAUAUUUAUUAUUCGACGACUUGACUAUUUUUUCUAUUACUGUUUCAAGUACUUUAUUAUUAUUCGUUAUACCUCACUCGGGACAUUUUGAGCUGAUUUUUAGCGCGUGGUUGAGAAGACAAGGCGUGACACCUAACCAAGUCCUCGAGCUAAGUGUUCGUAAAUAUGUAGUCGAUUGGUGGCACCUGUGUGCCAAGUUUCACACUGGAGAGGUGUGUUACGAUCGGAGAUGGGCAAGAAUUUUAGAAAUAAAAAUUUUUAAUAACGACUAAAAGAUGAACAACUGUAUUCUAUCGAGUAAACGUCACAAAUAAAUCGCUACACGUUGGUUUCCUUCAAAGUUUUGCCCAUCUUUGAAACUCGAGUCACGUACCGUGUUGUAUUCGUUCAUUGUUUAGAAGAUUUUAUACUGUAUAAUAAAGUCGCUUAAUCGCGUCACGUUGCCAAACUGAUAUCAAGAUAAUAACUUUUCUCUCUAUUUCGCCAACGUAUCGCUGCUAGCUCGAGGCCUUUCUCCUCACCCACGACGAUUGAAUGUCACUGCCAAAAUCCCCCAGAAUUAAGUGAAAAUGUAGCGUGCGUGGUCGAAAGACUCGAAAACCGGCUGUUGUCGCCUUUUCCCCAACAGUCUGUUCUUAUUCUGCCGCCACGGGCCUCUAGCAUCCCCCGAUUAGAUUUCGAUAUCCUAUAUUGUGUAUUUAUUUUUUUUUUUUUUUUUUUGUACGAAUAGCGGCUUUCGUUGUCGAGAAAGAAAAAGACCCGCGUCGCUCGCUUUUCUUCGAUCGAUGCUUUUGGAGAAAUUGAAACGAAGAAAGUAAGGAUCGAUAGAAGGCGUAGAAAAAUUACGAUGCGUACGACGUAUCCAAGCAUACCCGCAGUUUCAUCGAAAGGCGAAAAAUUGUAACGAAAAAGCGAGACGGCGGGUGCACAUUCCAUAAAUUUAAUUAUUCGUACUUGUCUAAAAUAAUAAAUCUGUUUGAUAAGACAUUCACAUAAGAUAAUUACACGCGACGAUGAUAAUAAAUGAAUAAUAUAUCUAAAGUUUGAAAGCUUACAAUAGACUCGGUUUACCAUUAUUAUGUAUCGUGAUUUUUAUGUCAUGUUCAAUAAAUGAGUUUUAAAAUA